AUGACAGUGUUGCUUCAUUACCGUCGGUUCAUGGGAGACCCAAAAACCACCUCCACCGCCAUCAUUGCAAUAGAUUCCUCAGGUCCACCGCCCCCUCCGCCACCGCCGCCACAAGCCCCGUCGCUAUUGCAAUCCACCUCCCUCGUUCCCCCAUCCAAGAGAAAGAAGAACAAAACCAAAGUCUUCCGAGUUUUCCGAUCGGUUUUCCGAUCAUUCCCCAUCAUAACUCCGGCAUGCAAGAUCCCCCCUCUACCCUCCGGGAUAACAGAAACGCUCCGAACGCCGUCGGGGAGCCGCGUGACCGGGACGCUCUUCGGGUACCGAAAAGGGCGCGUGAGCUUAUCGAUGCAAGAGACUCCACGGAGUUUCCCCAGCAUGGUGAUCGAGCUAGCCAUGCAGACCAACGUGCUGCAGAGGGAGAUGAGCUCGGGGAUGGUUAGGAUCGCGCUUGAGUGCGAGAAGAGAACCGACAAGGCCGACAAGACCAAGCUCAUGGAGGAGCCGUUAUGGUCCAUGUUUUGUAACGGUAAGAAAACUGGGUAUGGCGUUAAAAGGGCAGCCUCCGGUGAAGAUCUUAAAGUUAUGGAGAUUCUCCGGCCGGUGUCCAUGGGUGCCGGAGUGUUGCCGGGAAACUCUGACGUGGAGGGCCCCGAUGGUGAGAUGGCAUACAUGAGGGCCCACUUUGAACGGGUGGUGGGGUCCAGGGAUUCGGAGACGUUUUACAUGUUGAGCCCGGAGGAAAAUAAUGGGCCGGAGCUUAGUAUCUUUUUUGUAAGAAUUUAA